AUAUCUAAUUAACCAAACACAAAUUAAAAUCCAAGAUCAUUAAUUUUUUUUGGAAUAUUUGCGUUUGUGACGUCAAUCUCAGUUUGAUUCCAGUAUCCAGUGUUCGUUUGGAUGUUAUAAAACUGAUCUCUUGAACAAAAUCUUGAGAACUUGCUUGACAAGUUCUUACAUGACCAAAUAGGUCAACAAGGUCACAAAUCAACGUCGACAAGGUCGUAUAAGCGACCAAAUGAGCAGUCAACACUUCUCCCGUUGCUUUCGUCGUUGCGUCGUUGGAUUUAUUUUACUUUUCAACCACAUACCAGAAACAAUACUAGCUAUAAGUUAAAUAAAGAAUGACUCCGUUACUCUUUUAAUAGUCGUCGCAAUGGUUUUUUGUUAUUAUUAUUAUUAUUAUUUUUGGACAAAUGCUUUUUUGUUAUUUAAAAAUAGAAAAAACUAUGUGGGUCAUAGUAUUAGAUUCCUAGUAGUUUCCUAUGCAAUUUCUAUAUAAUGGAUAUCUUAUUGCUUGCAAUUGUCAUCAAGAAGGUUCAACAUCUCAAACCAUACCUCAUCUCGUUCUUUCUUUAAUAAAUAUAUCGGAAAUUUCUCAAGCUUUUCUCUAGUAUUCUUCAGCCAUGACCGCUAAGAAAGCUGUGUUGCAAUUGAGUGUCCACGAUGAGAGAAUCAGAAAGAAAGCGUUUGUGACCGUCUCUCGAUCUCAAGGGGUUACUUCGAUAACAAUGGAAGACAAAACAGGGAAAAUGACAGUAGUUGGAGAAGUUGAUACACCGGUUCUCGUGAUGAAGCUAAGGAAACUGUGUAAUGCAGAAAUUGUUUCGGUUGAAGUUGUUAAACCACCUGAGAAAAAGCCUGAGCCGGCGAAACCGGCUCCAGCUAAACCUGAUACGGCUAAACCGGCUGAAAUUGUUGCCUUUCCAGUUACGCAUAUGAACUACCCGUACCAAUAUCAUUCUUCCUUUGCGAAUUCGCACUAUCAGCCAUACGGGAAUUCUAGAGUUGUGGUGGAGGAACCAAACACUUGUGUGCUUAUGUGAUUUAAUACAAUUACUUUUAAAAUAAUUUUAGUUGUUUAAUACUUAGUUUUGAUGGGAGAGUGUAUUUUUUUGGGGUACUGUAUAAUGUACAUUACUCCCGUGAGCUCAUUCGAGGGAAACAAAUAUUUUAUGUAUGAUAAAGUUGCUUUGUUAACUUUUUACUUCGAAAUAACUAGUAUUUUUC